UGACUCUUGAACUCUACAAGAAACCCUCAAAGCCCACUUCACCUACUACUCUGCUUUUCUCUCUUGUCCGCGUACUUUUCAUUCAGUUGCAGGCGGAGAUUUUCUUCGAAUUUGCAUCCCCUUCAAUUCAAGAGUCCCUUUUUUCUAUUUCAUCUUGGAGGUGAAAGAGCAAAGGAAAACACCGAAAGAGAAAAGACAUGGCAUUCGAGAAGAUCAAGGUGGCCAACCCCAUCGUUGAGAUGGACGGAGAUGAGAUGACAAGGGUCAUCUGGAAAUUUAUUAAAGACAAGUUGAUUUUCCCUUUCUUGGAGUUGGAUAUAAAGUACUUUGAUCUUGGCCUUCCUCACCGUGAUGCCACAGAUGAUAAAGUUACCAUUGAGAGUGCAGAAGCUACUCUCAAGUACAAUGUGGCCAUUAAGUGUGCAACAAUCACUCCAGAUGAAGCUCGUGUGAAGGAGUUCAACUUGAAGAGUAUGUGGAAGAGUCCAAAUGGUACUAUUAGGAAUAUUUUGAAUGGUACGGUUUUCAGAGAACCAAUUCUCUGCAAGAAUGUUCCUCGUCUUGUCCCUGGAUGGACAAAGCCCAUUUGCAUUGGAAGACAUGCUUUUGGAGACCAAUACCGAGCAACUGACACUGUAAUUAAAGGAGCUGGAAAGCUCAAACUGGUCUUUGUGCCAGAAGGGAAGAAUGAGCCAACGGAAAUGGAGGUCUAUAAUUUUACUGGUGCAGGUGGUGUUGCUUUGUCAAUGUACAACACCGAUGAGUCCAUUCGUGCAUUCGCUGAUGCUUCAAUGAACACUGCUUACCAGAAAAAGUGGCCAUUGUACCUUAGCACAAAGAAUACAAUUCUCAAGAAGUAUGAUGGGAGAUUUAAGGACAUAUUUCAAGAAGUUUACGAAGCGAACUGGAAAUCAAAGUUUGAGGAAGCAGGAAUAUGGUAUGAGCACCGUCUCAUUGACGAUAUGGUUGCAUAUGCUCUGAAGAGUGAAGGAGGUUAUGUAUGGGCCUGCAAGAACUAUGAUGGAGAUGUACAGAGUGAUUUCUUAGCACAAGGGUUUGGUUCUCUUGGGCUGAUGACCUCUGUUUUGGUGUGCCCUGAUGGUAAGACAAUUGAGGCUGAAGCAGCCCAUGGAACUGUUACGCGCCACUACAGGGUUCACCAAAAAGGAGGGGAAACCAGUACUAACAGCAUUGCCUCAAUCUUUGCUUGGACUCGUGGUCUUGCCCACCGGGCCAAGUUGGACGGCAAUGCCAAGCUCUUGGAGUUCACUGAGAAAUUAGAAGCAGCUUGUAUUGGUGUUGUGGAAGCUGGAAAGAUGACCAAGGAUCUUGCCCUCAUCAUCCAUGGAUCGAAGCUAACCAGAGACCAAUAUCUGAACACCGAAGAGUUCAUUGACGCGGUCGCUGCUGAACUCACAGCCAGACUUUCUUCUUGAGUGUAAUUUGUCUGCAUUGCUUUGGAAGACAUUUUCUCGGCACUGCUCAGAAUUCACCGAAACAAUAUAUGUUCACUGCUUGGGGUUUAUUGUUGGGAAAUCAUUCCUGUCAAAAACUACUAAUUUCAAAUAAUUCAUCUACCUUUUUAUAUGCUGCAGUUCUCAUGGUUUUCUCGUUGCAUUUGGUUUUAAUUGUUCAAUUGAACUCAAUGUAUUGCAAAGACAUAGGAGGGGUUGUUACAGCA